CACACACACACACACACACCAUCAUGAGCUCGAAUCCGCCCGCUGCCCCGCCUGGAAGCGCCUUCGCCGCCGCCAGCCGGCGGAUGAUGGAGCGCCGGUCCCCUUUCUCAUCAAACCUCCCGGCCAACAUGGAGGAGUUUACGCUCGUCUCGCAUCUGGCUGACAUCGGGCACCAGUACCACCUGAUGACCUUCCAGACCCCCUCGCAAGACCUGCAGUCGCUCCGUGACUAUGCCGUGGCCACCGGCACGGCCACCGGCGGCCCGAAGACGCUCAACAUCCGGAAACAAUUCCGCAUGCAGGCAUCGGGCUUCCUGCGGGACCAGCAGCGACUCAUCACCCGCCGCGGUGGUGUGGUCCACCAGCCCCAGAACACCCCGGCCGUGGCCGGGCUCACCCCCGGGUCGAGUGUCCUGGGUCUCGGGUCGCCGGCGGCAGCUGCCGCCGCUGCUGCCGCCGCGGCCGCUGGCUCUGCAGGCGCCGGAGCCGGAGCCAGUGCCGCCGGCCCGGCUGCCGGCGAGGAUGGCGACGAGAAGCCCCGGCGCCGGCGGCAGAAGACCCGCCAGCUGUCCAUCGACCGGCGCACCCCGGAGACGCACUUUGUCACCAUGCGUGAUCGCUCCCCGUGGACGCUUACCGCCUGCGACACGACCUACCACGGGAAGGCCGACACCACGGACGGGGCCACCCGGUCGACGUAUGUCAUGCUGGUGCGCGACGCCACCAACCCCGGGCAGCUGAAUGUCAUCCCGGUGACGCAGACCUAUGCCUUUGCGGCGAUGCGUGUCUCGGAGCUUCCGUCCGAGCCGACGCAGGCCGCCAUCGCCGCGCAAAAUGCCGCCGCCCUGGAGGCCGGCCUGCCGCCGGUCAACCGGAAUGAGCCGACCGAGGCACUGAAGAAGUUCCGCGAAAUCGAACGCCGCAAUGCGGAGCGCAUCCGCCUGGAGCAGCGCAUCGCCGGGCGCAUCAACCGCGGCAGCGGCGGGGGUGUUUCGGCCAUUCGCUUUGGUCGUGCUGGCCGUGGUGGCCGCUCCGGCAACUGGUCCGACGAUGAUGAGGGUGAAUCCGGCGGCCGGCAGUACCGGCGCCUGAUGGAUGGCACCGGCCCGAUCGAUGAGUUCGACAACCCGGACGAUGACCCGGAGGGCUUCGGCGAAUUUGCCGAGGACGACGACCAGGAGGAGUUCGAGGACGUCGAGGUCAACCCCGAUGAGGAUAGCACCUGGCUCUUCGAUGACACCGGCUCCAACGUGCAUGAUGACUUUGACCAUGAGGAAAUGGAGCGCAAUCUGUCGUACCAAGCCAUGGACACCAUCGAGGAUGAGGAGCGCCGGCAGCGGAACCGCGCCCGCCGGCGCAACCCCAAGUUCCAGGCGGUCUGGCGCGAGUCGGUCAUUGACCGCGGUGGCCAGCAGUCGGAGGACUCCGACUCGGAGGAGUACUACUCCAGUGACUACGACCCCUAUGCCGCGGUCAGUGACGGCGGCUUCACCAGUGACGAGGACGCCGAUGAAGACGGGUCCGACCUGGCUGCCGGGGGAGACGCCUCGGAAGCCGCGCAGCUGGCCGGCACCGGCAAGCGCAAGCGCCCCCAGUCGGCCGGCAAUGCGGCCAAGAAGCCGGCUCUCGAUCCUACCCUGCCGAACCUCCUCACGGCUCAGGACCUGCUGGACCGCUGGAACAGCCGGCCAAGCCCCAUCUCGCUGGACUCCUUCCGCAAGCACUUCGAUGCGCAUUUCCAGGCGAACAAGAACAACACCACCCUCUUCCGGGACCUGGUCAAAAACCUCUUUGUCAUCGAUGGGACCGGGCGCCGGUCGCGUAUCGUCGGACUGGCGAAUGCGGAGUGAUGCUCGGGUCGUGCUCCUCGCUCGAUCCUCCUCCUCGUGCUUGCGCCCUUCCCCCGAUCCA